AUGGCUUUUCUAUCUCAGCGACCGUUGUUGGCUUUUCUCACUGAGAUUGACUUGACGAUAGAAACAAAAAACAGCUAUGGACUAGGGUUUGUGGAUUUUGGCAUUGAGGAGUUGGGGUAUGUAUUGUUUGAAGUUCAUAGGUUAUCUUGUGGUUCGUUGAUAAUUUUGAUUUUGGUGGCCGUAAUGAAUUCGGGAAUCAAAAUGCCGGUCCGGCGGCAUUCUUCCCGAAUAGACACUCUUGAGCUGAAACUUCGAAUUGAAAAGAAGCUUGGUCGAGAAAAGGCGGAAAAAUACUUCAAUCUACUUGGCAGAUAUUUAAGUCUUAAGCUUUGCAAAUCAGAGUUUGAUAAGCUCUGCAUUGGUUUAGUGGGUAGGGAGAAUAUCUGCCUUCAUAAUGGACUUGUCCGAGCAAUCAUCAAGAAUGCCUGCCUUGCCAAGACUUCUCCUCCAAAGCAGAGCAAAAUGGAAGCUUUGUUGAAUGUUAAAAUGCCAAAUGGAUAUCAAAUAAGUAGUCUUCAAUCAGUCUGCAGGGAUGUUUUACCCCAGUCCCCUAGAAAAGGAAGGACUCCUAAUCUUCGAGAGCGAAAGCUUAGGGACCAUCCAAGUCCUCUUGGGCCUUAUGGGAAGACACAGAGUGUUGCAUGCGAAGUUUUGUUACCAAAAGUUCAAGCACAGCAAAGUGCCACUGUGCUUUCUUUAGGUAGCAGGCCCCUUGCUGAAGUUAGCUCUGUGGAAGAGGGUGAAGAGGUUGAGCAGGCAGCUGGAAGUCCUCGCAUUUAUGGUAGAAUCCCAGUCACAGCUCCUCUUGGCAUAUCCAUACACACAAAGGGAACACGGAAAGUACUACGUAGUGGAUCAGCUCCUUCAUUUAACAUUGACACUUGUCAUAACAAUGGUGAGCUGCCUGAUACCAGUUCUUUAAAGAAACGAUUGGGACAAAAGUUGGAGAUGGAGGGUUUGGAAAUCUCAUUGGAUUGUGUCAACCUGUUGAACAGUGGGCUGGAUAUAUUUAUGAAAAGACUGAUGAAGCCCUGUUUGGAAUUUGCCAGUUCAAGGUCUGAGCACAAGCACCUAAACCAAAUUUGUUUUCAGGCUCCAUCUGGCUGUAAUGGGAUCAGGCCCAAAGCAUAUGUGCCAAAUCCAAACAAAUCCUUUUCCGCAUCAUUGUUGGAUUUUCGGGUUACAAUGGAGUCAAAUCCCAGAAUACUUGGGGAAGAUUGGCCAGUACAACUUGAGAAGGUUUUCUUGCGUGCAUCAGAGGAAUCUAUUCGAAUUGAUUAACUAAUAAGUUGGGUGUGACAGUGGGUUUAACCUUUAAGCCAUCUCAAGUUAUGAUAAAAAAGCCAAGUUCACACCAUUAUGCCAGCAGUGCUGAAGUAUCUACGUGGUUACAAGCUACAGAAAAUUUUGGAUGAAGGAGAUUAGGUUGUAUAUACUUUUCAAUGCUGAUUGUUCCUGAAAUGGGACCCGUGACAUGGUAAAGCAUAAAGACAUGGACAAUUGUAAGAAUCUAGCCAUUACAAAUAGUUUAGUGGCCUUGUUCAACUAAUAUCUAUAGGUUGUUUUAUGUUAUUGAAUUUUUAUUUGUUAAUAAAUUGCAUCUUGGAGUUUCC